UUCCACAAUACACGUUCACAUAUAAUUUUCUAUAUUGUGUACGGGUAUAUCAUCUAUUUAUUCUUAUAAAUACUAAUUUCUCUUCGUUUGGAAGAGUUGAUGUGUACAUAGACCUGUUCAUGUGUCAGGUGCUCUCUUUUUUUGAGAGGUCUGCGUUGUACAUAUUGUAUGUGUAUAUAAAUGCUAUAAGAAUACAAAAGCUCAGAACUAAGUAAAAACAAAAAAAUCAGUUCUCAAUUUUUUAGAACUGUUUACACCCCAGGGCAUUAAGAUAGCAUAAGGAAACCUACAACGAAAAGAGUAUUUUGAAUAAGGCAGGUCAAACUUAAUUGUAUCUGCCUAAGAGUGUCCAGGAAAAAAAAUGGCUACAGCAAGAACAGAGAACCCUGCCUCUGUCGUCAUGGGAAUGAACAAGCAGAACGGGCAGCUGAGAGGACAGCCCAAGCCAGCUGCUCUUCAGUCAGGACCCGCCAGCUCUCAGGCAGGAAAGGCACCCAGUGUCCAUCAGAAAGGAGGGACCGCCACUCAGAACAGUGGUGGCAUCAGGUUCGGUGAUGACUGGAAGAAGUGCCUGCAGCUCCCACCCAAAGACACGCGAGUCAGAACCUCAGAUGUGACGGCAACGAAAGGUAACGAGUUUGAGGACUACUGCCUGAAACGGGAGCUGCUGAUGGGCAUCUUUGAGAUGGGCUGGGAGAAGCCCUCUCCUAUUCAGGAGGAGAGCAUUCCCAUCGCUCUGUCUGGCAGGGACAUUUUGGCCAGGGCCAAGAAUGGCACAGGCAAGAGUGGUGCCUACCUCAUCCCCCUCCUGGAGAGGAUAGACCUGAAAAAGGACUACAUACAAGCUCUGGUGAUGGUCCCCACCCGAGAGCUGGCCCUGCAGGUCAGCCAGAUCAGCAUUCAGCUCAGCAAGCACCUGGGCGGUGUCAAGGUCAUGGCCACCACAGGGGGCACUAACCUGAGGGACGACAUCAUGAGGCUGGAUGAAACGGUGCACGUGGUGAUAGCCACCCCAGGCAGGAUCCUGGACCUGAUCAAGAAGGGCGUGGCCAAAGUCGACAGACUCCAGAUGAUGGUGAUGGACGAGGCGGACAAACUCCUGUCUCAGGACUUUGUGGUCCUUAUUGAGGACAUCAUCAGCUUUCUCCCCAAGAACCGUCAGAUCCUGCUCUACUCUGCCACCUUUCCCAUCAGUGUGCAGAAGUUCAUGGCCAAGCACCUUCAGAAGCCCUAUGAGAUUAACCUGAUGGACGAGCUGACUCUGAAGGGCAUCACCCAGUACUACGCCUACGUGACAGAACGGCAGAAAGUGCACUGUCUCAACACGCUCUUCUCCAGGUUGCAAAUCAACCAGUCCAUCAUCUUCUGUAACUCCACCCAAAGAGUGGAGCUGCUGGCCAAGAAGAUCACCCAGCUGGGCUACUCCUGUUUCUACAUCCACGCUAAGAUGAUGCAGGAGUAUAGGAACCGUGUUUUCCACGACUUCAGAAACGGACUGUGUAGGAACCUGGUGUGCACAGAUCUCUUCACUAGAGGAAUUGAUAUCCAGGCUGUGAAUGUCGUCAUCAAUUUUGACUUCCCCAAAAACGCUGAGACUUACCUUCACCGCAUCGGGCGAUCAGGGAGAUUCGGCCACCUUGGUCUGGCCAUCAACCUAAUCACGUCAGAGGACCGCUUCAACCUGAAGGCGAUCGAAGACCAACUGGUCACCGACAUCAAGCCCAUCCCUGGCAGCAUCGACAAGAGCCUGUAUGUGGCCGAGUUCCACUCCGCCAACCCCGACUGCGAGGCACAGGAGGGCGAGAGAGACGCCGGUCACCAGCAGGGGGAGCUGCAACGACCAUAACUGGAGAAUAAGGCACCUGGCUUAUGCACGCACAUCUGCUUCUGCACAGACAUCAGACUCCUUUUCCUUUUCCUUUCAUUGUUCAUUCCCUCCCAGUUUUUUUUCCAUCUAGAUACUCUGGUCAUUCUGUUUGUUUUUAGUCUGUCAAAAUUUGCAACACGUUUGUAAGACCAGCUGUUUUGCUACCAGCCCCCAGUCAGUUGACCAACAUUCAGGGGCUACCCAGCCAACCAGUUUACAUUUCUAGAGUGCAGCACACUUUGAGGUCAGGUUAUUUCUCUGCCAAAAAGACUACAGAUGGAGGGUCUGAAAUUACAGCCUGUUAAUGCAAUACAUAACCAAAGCCACGUGGAAUACAGGUACAGACACGGUGCUCUAUAAAGAAAACUAACCUGUUGUCUUCAGACUUUGCUGAGAAUCAUCGUGAUCCGAUAGCUCUGUACCUUCCCAAGUGGAACAAAGAAAAAUGCUGAAUAUGAACUGCAGAUAUUCAGCAGAGGGUGCUAGAAUUGUAUAGAUGAAUGCAGGUGGGUGGACUGCAGGUCAUAACCAUCUUGCACCUGUACGUAAGGAAGGUACAGACUAGUUAUUCACACCUCUAGAGAGGGCAGUUAUCAAUUAUGAAGGACAUUGCUGUGUAUAUUUACUCACCACCCAUGUGCAGAAAGCACCAUGUAGUGUUCAGUGAAUAGGCAAGUGCACAGGUUGAAGCUGACACGGCACAUCUGUUUCGGCUCAUUCCGCAGGGCACGUAUUUGACCUCUUGUGUGCUGUCCGAAAUCCAGCCUGGCAGCUCAGUAAACCAGCCAUCCGGCUUUCCGUUGUGCUGAAACCCGUCACCCAGCUAACCACCCACACACAGUUCACUCAAGUGCCUUAAUCGCUCAUUCACACGCUCCCACACUGCAAGGACCUGACGGCACGUGGCACAGACUGAUCUCAGGACAGUGCUGUUCCUUUUGGAGAGCGCUUUCAGCAAGCGGCUCAUUCACACGUGGAGCAGGUGAUUCAGUUCAAACUUCCUAUCCAAUCAGUGACUCCAGAUGAACAGUUAAUAAUGAGGUUGAAGACUAGAUGCAGACUGCAGAUUUUCAGUGGAUGCCACUGCUAUAGGGGAGUGUUGGUCACUGGCACAUUGCUCAGGGACAGCCUUGAUUUAAUAGGUUGUAGCCACUAGGCUCAACAAAUCUGUCUUUACGAAUUAAGACAGGCAAAAAAAUUCUCUUCAGUAUACAGUUACCUCAAGCAGAAUGUUUGACUAGUUGUGAUAGAGGGACUUUCUCUGUUCAAGGUACAGUGGUAUGGUACAGUGCAUUACUGUCUGACAGAAAAGGACGCUGCAUUUAAUUUUGAGAUGACAGGGAGCAUAGUGUUGAUGUUAAAGCUGAAAUAGUUUUUUUUUUUUUUUGUUUGGUUCCUGUAAAGAUACUGAAUUGCAAUGAUGUAGAUCUUUCCUUGAAGGUGGACAGGCUCAUUUUUGAGGUGUCAUCUUAUGGUACAAGUACAGUUGUUGCUGUGAGAGGUAGGGUGUGACUAUCAGUGGCAAGCACUACAUCGGAAGAAGCAUGGUUUCCUGUGUUGUACUCUCUGGUGCUUUAACUGAAGGUGUUAGCUGUUGGACCACAUGGUUGAAUUUAACCACCUGGCAUGCAUUUAAAUCGAGACCCAAGGUAAACGUCUGACUACACGCAGCCAGGCAACACCAGCACGGUAAAGAACACAGAAAUGGGAAGGCAGUACUAUGUUUCCCAUAGUAGCACACAAACGCGCACCCUGACACAGCAGCGCACACACGCACUCACAUGACAUGAUGCAUACCAGCUACAGACAGUGGACACCGGAAUGGCUGGUGCAGUUUACAAUGUGAAAUUUCUUUUUUCCUGAAAGAAUCUGGGGGUUGGUAUCACAAUGACAGUGUAUCAUUUUGGACCAGUAAUGUAGUUUUUUUUUUUUUUUCUCCCCUGCCCUUAUCCUGAAAUAAGCUAAAUAUAGGAGGAAAGUUGGACUCCUUUCCUGGUUCCUUUUUUAGUUUUUUUUUGUUUUGUUUUUGUCUUGUGCAAGUAGAUACUGCCUGUUCGGCUGCUGAGUUCAACAGGCUGAUAGCCAAAGCUUUUUGCUCCAUGUGUCUGUGCCAGUGCCUCCAUUUUCAGAGAAAAUAAAGUCCAGCUCA